GACCAGAAAAAAAGCUCAGUUGGGGGUUGUCGUCGACUGUCGUUAUUGUGAUAAAUGGUGAAAAAAAUGUCUUUUCAUCUCCCGGUUCUGUAGGUGUUCAACUCCCCUGCCAUUGGAUUUAAAGGUUUCGCUUUUUCUUAUCUUCGUGGUAUUAUGCAAAUUUGUUUUAUUGGACUCAAUGGCUCUAAGGAUAUAUAGGUCACAGUCAACGUGACGGCCGUUUGAUUAAACAUUCUUUGAGAUUCGAAGAAUUUCGCAAGAGCUUGCUUGGUACUGCUGGGUUACUGUGAUCGAUCUUCAUCCCACGGUCUAAAUUUCUUAUAGCUCAAUCCAUACUCCCCUGCUGUCAAUAUCAAUAUCCAUUGUUGCCCAAAUCCAGUCAUCCUGAAGAUCACGUGACUUGUUAACAAAGGUCCCAAGAGUAUUGAAAUGCUUGAGCGAUUUUCCAACGGGCGCUUUGUGCGCGAAAAGUCUUCAACAUGAAAGGCCAGUUUGAGAUGACAAUCCACUGCCUAUUUCCAGAGAUUCUGGCUUUAAUAUUUGCUUAUUUAAGCGUCAGGGAUAAGGGAAGAGUGGCUCAGGUCUGUACGAAAUGGAGGGACGCUGCGUAUAGUCGAAUUGUGUGGCGAGGAGUACAGGCAAGACUUCACUUGCGUCGAUCAAAUCCCUUCUUGUUUCCUUCACUUGCUAAACGUGGGAUCAGGAAAAUUCGGAUUUUGAGUUUAAAGAAAAGCCUGAGCUUUGUGGUGCAGAGCUUGUCUUGUAUUGAGAGUUUGAACCUUAAAGGGUGUUACAACGUUACGGACACUAGUAUCGGGCAUGCUUUCGUGAAAUAUCUCCCCACUCUGACAGUAUUAGACCUGAGUCUGUGUAAACAAAUCACAGACUCGAGUCUCGGAAAGAUCGCCGAUUUUCUAAAGAAUCUGGAGUUCUUAGACCUGGCUGGAUGCUGUAAUAUUACAAAUACAGGAUUGUUAUUGUGUUCUUGGGGUUUAGUCAAGCUGAAGCAUCUGAAUCUACGGAGUUGUCGACAUAUCUCGGACGCCGGUAUACUUCAUCUUUCGGGUCUUUCGAACAACAUCAAUGCGCACGGAAACAAGAAUUUAACUACCUUGUGUUUACAAGACUGUCAGAAAAUCACUGAUAACGCUCUUAGGCACAUCUCGAAAGGCCUUAUCAACCUAGAAUGCUUGAAUUUGAGCUUCUGUUGUGGGAUUUCAGGGGCUGGGCUCGCGCAUCUCGCUACCUUACGCAGCCUUCGCGAACUAAACCUUCGAUCGUGCGAAGGAGUAAACAACGAGGGCAUCGCGCAUCUCGCCGUAGGAGGACUAAAUCUUGUUUGUUUGGACGUUAGCUUUUGCGAUAAAAUAGGAGAUGUGGCGUUAAAUCAUAUUUCUAGCGGACUUAAUCAUUUGCAAAAUCUUGGACUAAAUUCUUCGCAUAUAACAGACCAAGGACUGUGUAAAAUUUCCCGCCAUCUUCGUGAGCUUCGCGUACUGAAUAUUGGUCAGUGUACUCAAAUCACGGACCAGAGCAUUGCAUCAAUAGCAAGUAAUUUGAUUUGUAUCACGAACAUUGACUUAUAUGGUUGUACUAAAGUCACUAAAUGUGGCCUAGAGAAACUAAUGCAUUUGCCAAAGCUAAGAGUUUUAAACCUUGGCCUGUGGCAGAGAUAGCAGAAAGCCGAGCGGCUUGUAGAAUAACGUGAAUACUAGCAAUCUUAACAAGCACGUGGAGCAAACGAACCAUAAGAUAAUAGCCGGUUUUAUUUCUCUUUUUUAAUAAAUCAAAUUUAUUAUGGAAUCGGAACCUGUAAGUUCAGGGUGGCUGAGUAAAUAGUACAAAUGCCUGUGCGUCUGGCAGUAGAAGGACCGCAGAUUAUAAAUGAUACUUGAUUCCCUGAUCUCACAGAAAGGGAAAGUCUAUAGUGGAGUCAUGGGGAGCACGUGCAGUUUCUUAAAACCCUUAGAAACAAAUACCCCUUCUCUUGUUGUAACACUACUUCGCCUGGUAUUAAUAACCCCAGCCCCUUUUUCAUAAUCUUCCUCUCCCACAUUUUCAUCAACCUUGUCAUUUUUUUUCUCUUAUCUUUGUUGUCUUCAUGGUCAAAGCCUUUUCAAGCUGAACACCAACUCCUGGCAAUUUAGGGUUCAAUUUCGGGUGAUGAAGAACAAAUAUUAGUUUCUUCUGCUAUUUUUAACAGUUGAGUACAUUUUUGCUUCCCAUUUAGGUGCUGCUAAAUUUGAUUAUAAAACAAAUAUGAAAUCUAUUUUAAGCUAUCUAACUUAAUCAAACUUCUAAGUGGAAUUUAGUCUGCAUAGCAUAUUGUUUAGGUGUAGAAUGUAGAAAAAAUAGCCAAAUUUCGACAAAUGGCUUAACAACAAUAUAGUUUUGUUUGUAUUUUAGAAAUUGGAUUUAUAGUUUCAGAAUUGUCUCUUGAUUGCUUGCCUAGGCAACUAAUGACCAAAUCAAAAAGAUUGAGUUCAGGGUUCUAUUUUUUAAGAUCAAUUUUACUACAGUGGAACCUGGAUAUAGAAAAUAAUAUCUAUAAUCACAUCUUAGGGUUGUCAAUAGCUAAAUAUACGGUAUGGGAAAUAGUUUUGAUUCAAUCAUUUUCUUGGUGUCAAAAAGUGCUGAAGGGUAUUUUUCUCUAUCCAGCAGAAGUGUAAAUUCUAAAUUCCCCUUAAAUAGCAGAAAAAGCAUAUUGCUUUGCUUGAAACUUAACCCUUCAUUACCAACCCUCAAAACUUGUUGGUCGUCAGUUUAUUACCUGUUGGUGAUGCAUCUAUGACAAACUAAGGGUGUUUUAAUUACUGACCAUUCUGCUUGUUGCAUGGUAGUACAGUUAUAUUUGAGUCUAAUUGCCUAUAUUAUUUGAGCACUACAAAAACAAUAUAUAAUGUUUAGGGUAAGCUUUCGAGCAAAGAAAAGCAUAUUUUCAGCUAUGUAUAGAAAAAUUUUGACCAAAUCUAAUUUGGCCUUGAAAGUUGCCAAUUCAUAAAAAGAUAUUUUGAGGUUGCCCUCAUGUGUAUAGAGAGGGAGAGAGAGUUAUCCUUCAGCUAUUGAUAUAAAAGCAUUUUUUUUUAUUUCCUUGCCAUACUGAAGUUGAGGUUCAAUUAUACUUGGUUACCAAAGGCCAGGCAAAAGUAAAUAAUGGGAUCAGGUUACAAUCAGUCCCUAAAUUCUAACAUUGAGCACAAUAGGUACAUAGUUUUCGCCCUACUCUGGUUACACAGAUAAGAUAUUUACAGGUACUUGUCAAGAACCUGGAUCUUUUAUAAGGCCAAAGGAAAUGAUAAAAGCUGUGCUUUAUGGAUGGACAAUGGUAAAUUACCACAAUGACCAUUGUAACAAAUCAAAUUAAUGGAAUAAAAAUUGUAGCUAGUUUUCUCCA